GCUCACUCUUCCCUCGCAGUUCAUAUUUAAAUAUCACAACCAAUACCCAUUUAGUUGGUUCCAUUUCCACCCCUAUCUCCUAUGCAACCAAUUCCUCCAUCCUCGGCGACAGAGAGUGGAGGCUUAACUGUAAAAGUGUGUAGAAGGUGGGGGCAGAACUUCCAAAAGGUCGAAUGGAGAGAGGCCAAAGGGGACGGCCAACUUGGGUAGGCGGCUGCUGGGGCAGAGCCUGCUUGCGAUUGGCCGAGUUGCAGAGGAGGGCUCUGCAGAUCUCUCGUCGCGUCGCUAGCGGGUGAAAAGUGACAUCCUGGCACAGCCCCCCUGGCUGUUGUCGCUACUUCCACUACGAUCUAGCUCGAGGAACCGUGCGCUCGGAUCCAGCGAAGAUGCAGAGUUCGUUGAAGCCCGCGGGCUCCGGGGGUCUUCAGCUACUGGUCUGCUUCCUUCUGCUAUACAGUCGCCCAAGCAGCUGCAGCGACAUAAAUGCCCACGAUGGUCAGGGCCAAGUGGGAUCAGAGCAGCUCUGGACGUUCCAAGGACUCAUUGCUUCAGUCUUCCAGUACUUACAGCUUCUAUUCCACCACAUUGUACCCCAAGGCAUGUUCUGGACCGAUGACAUAGCCUAUGAGUUAAUGACCAAAAAGGUGGAGCACCUCAGCAGACUCCACCCCCAGUAUCCAUGCCGGAAGGAGGGGAAGGUGGUUUCUCCCAUUGCAACCACUGGGGUGAGGGGCAAGCAAGAGGAGAAACUUCGACUCUUAUCUCCCCAAAAGAGUCCAGCAGUCAAGGUGAACAGGGACCGAUGCUUUUCCACCAAAGUAAUCCCAAAGGCCACCAAACAAGAGGUCACCCAUCCCUCCAAGGGUUUCUUUGGGCCAUUCCCCACUGUGGGUCUCAACCUUGUUGCUGACUGAGAUCUCACUGUAUAAGAUCCUUUUCCCCGGGAACCUCCUCACUGCCCUCCAAGGGGCAAUUCUUGGAUGACUCAAAUAUAAAUAAUUAAAGUUGACUUUCAUGCAAACA